UUAAUACCCACAAGGCCCCGCGCCAAGCGGAAGUGACGCAGGCGGAAGCGGUAAUGGAGCCUCCCACAGCCGAGGAGCUGCGGCUGCGGCUCCAGGAGCGGCUCCAGGCCGAACACGUGGAGGUGCAGGACUCCCCCGAGCUGUGCCAGGGCAGCUUCCGCGUUUUCGUCGUUUCCGGAAUUUUCCGCGGCCUCAAGACCCUCCAGAGGCACCGGCUCGUUAACGAUGCGCUAAAGGAGGAGCUGAGUCGGAUCCACGCCCUGGAGCAGCGAACGCUGACCCCUGAGCAGUGGAAGGAGGAGCGCGGCUCAUUAGCAUAAAUUUGCAUGCCAAAUUCUUCCGCCUUUGCUUCUUUUUCAUGGAUUUGCAUAAAUUAGCACAGCCUGGCUCUGAUUGGUUGAGGCCACGGCGCCUUUAGGCCCUUAAAUGGAGGCGGAAGAGGGUGGUGCUGAUGCUCAUUUGAAUAAAUUUGCAUAAAGGCAAUAAACAUUCCUCAUUUGCAUAUGGUGUUGAUAUCAUCCUUGAGUGAGGGUGGCUUUGGGAUGGGGUUGAUUUUCAUAAAUUUGCAUAAAGGCAAUAAACAUUCCUCAUUUCCAUAUUGUGGUGAUGUCAUACUUGGGUGAAAGCACCUUUGGUAUGGAGUUUAUCUGCAUAAAUUUACAUAACAGCAAUAAACAUUCUUUAUUUGCA